UUUCAGACGGAUGCCUGCGUUCGCGAGCUCCGGCAAUAUAGCCUAUUUAACGGUGCCAUGUCGCCUGCUCUGGUAUUCGUCGCAACGAUCCUGGCUCUACUGGCAUGGAACAUUACUUCCGGGGACAUUUACACCAGGGAAGAUUUCUUCGGGGACAUUUCCUCUGGGGACUUUUUUCCCGAUCCCGGCACAUAUCACGAAAAGGCCCAUAGAAACCAGACUUGUACACGUUACUCGAACAAGGAAGGUCCGGAAAAUAUUCUCCUAUUGGGAAGGCAAAGGGAUUCCUCACCAAGGAUUCUGGCAGUAUAUGCGUGUCGUCUACGAAAUGCUCACAAAGCCGUUGCACAUUAGUGUGAUUGACGACUACAAGAAAUAUGGACGUCUAUACGGAUCCUACCAGGACACCGACCCUUGCUUGGUUGUGGGGGAACCAGACGUGCUCCGUGAGGUUUACAUCAAGGACUUCUCCUCGUUCGUCGACAGAACACAAGUACUGGUUGGUGAAGCAGUUUGGGACCGGAUGGUUUUAACCCUGAGAGGUACAGAAUGGAAGAACGCCAGAACGAUUUUCACUGCGGGAUUCACAACAGCGCGGCUGAAAACAAUGGUGCCCAAGCUUCUGCGUGUUGGCAGUCGAACGGCCGAUGUAUUCGUGGAGUAUGCAGACAGCAAUGAGCCUGCAAACAUUUGCGAUAUCUUCAUGAAGUCGUCACUGGACUCGGUGGCUGCUGUUGCAUUCAACGCCGAUAUGGACAGCGUCCGAGACCCGAACAAUCCGUUCAUCAAAAACUACUUCAACAUUUUCGGAGGAGAUGCGGGCUGGAAGAUAGUGCUAUACUUUAAGAUGCCACGGCUAUUCAAGCUUUUAAGGCUGUCGAUAAUCACCAAGGAAUACAUGGACAACUUCUCUGUUUUUGUGAAAAGCAUCAUUGAAGAACGCAUGAAAAGCAAAACUAAAGUCAACGAUCAGCUCCAACUGUUGCUGGACGCAGUGGUGCCCGAGGCCACGACCGGUGAGGAUGGAGGGUCGUCUGAAAACCUAACCACGGGAAAACACCUCUCCACGGACGACGUUGUGGCUCAAGUGUUUAUUCUGCUCAUCGGCGGAAAUGACACCGUGGCCUCGGCUCUCUUCUGCAUGUUCUACGCACUGGCGCUGUAUCCAGAAUAUCAAGAAAAAGUGAUUGAAGAGAUCGACCGUGUCGUCGGAAAAGAAGAAGUGACUUACGAGAAGUUGCAGUUCUUGGAGUACUUGGAAGCUGUGAUCAAUGAAACGCUCCGCGUUUACACCCCGGACGCAUUCCUGAUGAGGCACUGUACGAAGAAAACGACGCUGCAAGGGAUAGAACUCCAUCCUGGGAACGCGAUUCACAUUCCUAUUCAUGCAAUCCACAUGGAUCCUGAUUUCUACGAUGAACCCCUGAAAUUCAAGCCUGAAAGAUUUCUCCCGGAAAACAAAGACACUAUUCGCCCCUUCACAUUCAUGCCCUUUGGAGCUGGUCCACGAAACUGCGUCGGAAUUCGUCAAGCAAUGAUACAGUUGAAGAUUUUCACGGUUUGCAUCUACCAGAAGGUCAAGUUUGAGCGAUGCAGCGAAACCAUAGAUCACAUGGAACUCAAGUCUGGUUCCCUUGUCCGUGAGCUGCGCAAGCCGAUCAAACUUCGUGCUGUUCGACGUUGAUGGUCCCCGCCUUACUUCAACGUCUGCCUUUCGAGUUUCUGCGAACUUUCUUUCACAUUUUUUCUUCAACACGUCGAGAUAUAAUAGUGAAUGGUGCGUAACCAAGUUAGCGUACGUACUUUGAUUGCUGCUGUUAGUUAAUAUGAACUCAACUGGAGCUGGUCGAGUUUGAUUGUCGGGAUCGACUCGCUCAUGAAGACGCUGUCGGGUCGUGUUGAACCCGCGCCGCGGCAAGUCGAGACAACCUGACGUCAGAAGACAGGUUGACUCGCUUGAGGAGGCGUGUGUAAAGGAGUUGUCGUUGUCGUCCACGGGCCGCCACGAUCGCCUCUUGUGUAAACAGCAUCGGGUCGUGUUCGACUCAGCCCGCUAGUCAACUCAACCCGCUCCUGUCAGUUUCAUGUAAACGAGGUUUAGUCGUGUUCAACAUAAAAAACAGCCAGUUGUAAAAUAUGCUUCCAGGGACGCGUUCCUUGCCACAACUUAGCUUCGCAAGCUCGCCAUUGCCCCGUCUUCGCCUGCGCCGAGUGGAAGGCCUAAAAAUGGUCAGGGGCGUGCUCACAGCUACGUCGCAGACUCGCAAAUUUGCGUUUGCUUCCCUCAUCAUCGUAGAAGCAGGUCGGCCGCAUAGUACGUUUCGCGUGCCGUUUCCUGUCAGACCCUCCGCCUGGGGUCGUAGCCGUUGGGAGAGGAGGCUGAACGACGAGAAUGAGUGAUGUUCGACGUUCGCGUUCGAAAUAUUUACAUCUUGAUGUCUUCUUAAAUAGGGAAGGUACUGCUGACAACCCACUGCGUAAUCAUACCGCACUCAUGGGAUGCCGUCACUACCAUGUACGGGUAUUUGUUUGGUUUUGUUUCGUUUUGGUCUUAUUGUAUUGUAGGUUGUAGUGCUUUAUUGAUAUGUAGGUACUUUUCUCGACGGAACCUUUAACUGGAGGGGGGAUUCUCCUUCUGGUUCUUUCAGUUGUAUCUUAUGUGUAUGAAUGUACUCCAUGAAGGAAUGGUAAUAAAGAUAAAAAUGAUUGAUUGAAAAGGAAUAAAAAGAACAAGAUGACACAAC